AUGUCUGUGUCUCUGGAUUCUUCUGAUCUCAGGCAUGUUAGCGUACCGUUCCUUCAGCUUCUCAUCGUACUCCAAUUUGUUUCUAAGUCUCGUGGACUUUGGUCCAGCACGCUCGUUGGCCUUGGUACGCCAGAUACGAACGUUUCCCUCAUCAGAUCCAGAGAAAAUGUACUUGCUAUCCAUAGAGAACUUGGUGAUAAACACAUGUUGCAUCCGUUUGGUGUGGUAAACGUCUCUGGAAUGUCCCUUUCUGUAUCCAUAAAUUCUGAUGGUCUUGUCAUACGAUCCAGUGACAACUUCCUGACCAGUUGGGGAAAAAUCAACGUCCAUGACGGCGGAAACAUGGUCCUUGUAAACAUUAAUAGAUCGAGACAUCUUUCUCAUAUCCCAUAG